AUGAUGUCCACUGAGCAAAUGCAGCCACUGGAGCUCUCAGAAGACAGGCUGGACAAGCUAGACCCUCAUCGUGAGCACUUAGAUGACCUUUCAGACCAGUUCAUUAAGGACUGUGAUCUCAAAAAGAAGCCAAGAAAGGGAAAAAAUGUGCAGGUUGCCCUGAAUGUUGAGUCAGACCAAAAGAAACCAAGAAGAAAAGAUACACCGGCAUUGCACAUCCCACCUUUCAUACCAGGUGUGCUUUCAGAACAUUUCAUUCAAAGAUACGAUGUUCAAGAGAGACAUCCAAAGGGCAAAAUGAGUCCAGCUGUUCAUAACACUGACCUGGAACAGAAAAAACCAAGGAGAAAAGACACACCUGCCCUGCACGUGUCCCCCUUUGCAGCAGGUAUGACACUGCUCAGGGACGAGAGACCCAAAGUGAUCAUGGAAGAUGACGAAAAGGAUGGUGACAAAAUAGCUAUUUAAACAGAGUUCCCCUGAGACCCUUGUAAAUAGGUUAGAUUGGUUCCCUGUGGCGACCUAGAAAAAAAAUAGACUUGCUUCUGCUCUCAUUUUGUCAUAAUCUGCCUUUAAGA